GGUAGUCUUACCUACAUGUCUCCGGCCGACGCACCAACAACUCCGCGAGCAAGUCUCCGCGGGACCUUGGGAUAUCUCUACGCGCAAGCACAUAUAAACCCCGACACCACUACCGUCUUGGUGACCGUCGAGAAACCCCCCAACGCGCAAAAACGACACCACGCUUCGCUUACGCCCCUGUUGCCGACCUACAUAUACCAGACAUACCCCCCGUAUCUACCAUCCCAUACCACCUCCCAGCCCGUACGAGUCCCUCCCCUUCCUCCCCUCCCCUCUCAGAACCAUGUCCGCAGCCAUCGAAGCCACCGCCGACGUCCUAAUCCUGGGCGCGGGACCGGCAGGGCUCGCGUGCGCGGGGGGGCUGGCCCGGCAACUGCACAGCGCGCUCGUGUUCGGGCACGGGGCGCACCGCAACGCGCGGGCCGCGCGCAUGCACAACGUCGUGGGGUGGGAGCACGCGGACCCGGCCGCGUUCCGCGCAAAGGCCCUCGCCGACCUCGCCGCGCGCUACGCCGGCUUCGUGCGCUUCCGCGACGUCGAGGUCCGCGCCGUCCGCAGGCUCGACGCCGCCGCGGCCCAGGCGCCUCGCUUCCAGGUCGAGGACGUCGAUGGCUGCCGGUACGAAGGCCGCAGGCUCGUCCUCGCCAUGGGCGUUGCCGACGCUAUGCCCGAGACGCCCCGCGGCUAUGCUGAUCUGUGGGGGUACGCGAUCUUCCACUGCCUCUUCUGCCACGGGUUCGAGGAGCGCGGCGCCGUCUCAGCCGGCGUCCUCGCGACGGGCCUGCUGGGGUCUCUGCGCACCAACCACGCCGCCGAGAAAGACGCGGCUCUGGCCCCGAUCAUGGCCCGCAUGGCCGCGCGCCUCGCCGGCACCGUCACCGUAUACACCGACGGCGACGAGGACCUCGCGCGCCGCGUCCGCGCCGAGCUGCGCAGCGCGCGGCGCUUCCGCGUCGAGAGCCGGCGCGUCGCCAAGCUCGAGAAGGACCCGGGCGUCGCCGGCGUCGCCGGGCUGCUUGCCCAUGUGCCCGCCACCGCCGUCAACCUGCCGGACGUCGUGUCGGCGCUCGGCAUCCGGCUCGCGCCGCAGGGCCACAUCGAGACAACGGCGCCGUUCUACGCGGCGGCGGGCGCGCCGGGCGUCUUCGCCGCCGGCGACUGCGCGGCCCCGCUGAAGUCGGUGCCCGUCGCAACCAUGAUGGGCAGCUGCGUCGCGGCGGGCCUCGCGCACGAGCUGCAGGCCGAGGACAACGUCGAGGACUGA